AUGGAGUCGGUGGACGUGACCGUGAUCGGAGCAGGAUGGAGUGGCCUGGCCGCCCUCAAAACCUACCACCAAGUCCAUCCCUCCGCCUCCAUCCUCCUCCUCGAAGCCGCCUCGUCGGUCGGCGGCGUGUGGGCCAAACACCGCCUGUACGCCGGGCUCAAGUCCAACAACAUGCACGGCACGUACGAGUUUAGCGACUUCCCCAUGGACGACUCGUUCGGCGUCAAGGCCGGCGAGCACAUCCCGGGCUCCGUCAUCCAGGCGUACAUGGAGCAGUACCUGGCGCACCACCAGCUCACCGACUACGUGCGCCUCAACACGCGCGUGCGCGUCGCCGCCCGCAACGACGACGACACCUGGACGCUGAGCAUCUCAUCGCCCGCCGGCGACGACACCACCCUCCACAGCAAGAAGCUCAUCGUCUGCACGGGCAUCACCUCGCAGCCCUACCUCCCGCACUUCCCCGGCGAGGAGUCCUUCGCCGCGCCGCUCUUCCACACCCACGACCUCCCCCGGCACCAGGACGCCCUCCUCCAGCCCGGCCGCCGCAUCACCGUCUUCGGCGGCACCAAGUCCGCCUGGGACGCCGUCUACGCCGCCGCCACGGCCGGCGCCCACGUCGACUGGGUCAUCCGUGACAACGGCCACGGCCCCGUGUGGAUGGCCCCGCCGUACGUCACCCCGCUGAAGAAGUGGCUCGAGAAGCUGGUCACCACGCGCUUCCUGACCUUCUUCAGCCCCUGCAUCUGGGGCGACGCCGACUCCAACACGGCCAUCCGCCGCUUCCUGCACACCAGCUGGCUGGGCCGCAAGCUCGUCGACGCCUUCUGGGCCGUGCUCGCCAACGACGUGAUCACCGCCAACGCCUACGACGCGCACCCGGAAACCGCCAAGCUGAAGCCGUGGAUCUCGCCCUUCUGGAUCGCCGCCGGCCUCAGCAUCCUCAACUACCCGACCGACUUCUUCGCCCUCGUCCGCGACGGCCGCGUGCGCAUCCACAUCGCCCACAUCACCCGUCUCUCCGACCACGCCGUCCACCUCGCCUCCACCGACACCCCCCUCGCGUCCGACGCCCUCAUCGCCGCCACCGGCUGGCAGGCCACCCCCAACAUCGACUUCCGCCCGGCCUCCCUCCCCACCACCCUGGGCUUCCCCUGGGCCCCCGACAGCCUGCCGGAGGAGCUGACCGCCGCCGCGGACGCCGAGAUCCUGCGCCGCUUCCCGCGGCUGCGCGACCAGCCCGAGCCCGCGACGCCGGCGCCCUACGCGCCGCUGGCCGACACCGCGCCGGCCGCCGCGCGCCACCCGUUCCGCCUGGCGCGGUUCAUGGUGCCGCCGGGGCUGGCGACGGCGCGGUCGAUCGCGUUCAUGGGCCUCACGAUGACGAUCAACACGACGAUGGUGGCGCAGGCGCAGGCGCUGUGGAUCGCGGCGUAUUUCGGGGGCGCGCUGACGCCGACCCCGCGGGAGACGUGUCCGGCGGACCUGCGCGAGAAGCUGUGCGGGGGCAGUCUCGGCGACGGCGUCGAUGUCGAUCUGCUGUGGGAGACGGCGCUGCACUCGCAGUUCGGGGUGCACCGGUACCCGGGCGGGUUUGGGCGGCGCAACCCCGACUUUGUGUUUGAUGCACUGCCGUAUGUGGAUCUGCUGCUGGGGGAUGUGGGGUUGGAUAUCUGUCGGAAGGGCGCGAUGCGCUGGUUUGAGCCGUAUGGGGUGGAGGAUUAUCGCGGGCUCGUGGAGGAGUAUCUGGCCCGGAGGGAGAGGGCUUAG